CAUACACAUUCAUACACGUACACACAAGCUGUUGUAAAUUUCAUGUAAAAUUGAGUCCUCUUCAGUUAAUUCUUAGUUUAUAGCUGUAAAAGUAAAGAUCUGUGACUGUAAUGUGCACCUGCUACUAAACUCAACAUUUCAGAAUGUCACAGAAGAAAAAGAUUCACAGUGGACAGAGGUCACGGGCCAUCUCCCUGAGCCCCUCUCACAACCCUAACCCUCAAGUCAUUAUACAGCACUUAGAGUCUCUACUCAAGCUAAGAGAUGAAAAAAUUACCCAACUUGAGGAAAAUAUUAAGAGCCAAGAUGAGCAUGUGCGAUGCAUGAAAAGAGAGAGAGACGAUCUUCGUAAGCAAAAUGCCAUGCUUAUCGGGAAGACUGCUGAGUUGUCACGGAAACAGAGUGUGGGGUCAUUUGGAUCACCACCGGGUCAACCAGGGUUCAGUAGACCAGUUGGAAGGUCACAGACGCUACGUCCCGGUCUCCCACCUUCCUUCGAACUACCCGACAUACCCCCUCAUUUCACACCCCCUGGAACACGUAGACCCCUCCCCACGUUAGCCAAACCAUCCCUCGCUCCAAAACCAUCCCUCGCAAUCCCCCCCACAGAAGAUAGUGAGACUGACUACUCGGAUAUGGAGGAAGAAGAUCAGUUGAAAAUCACUCAAAAACAAAAUGGCAGUGAUAAAGAGUUGCCUAUCAAGACCUCCUCUGGCAGCUCGACACCUAUUGUUGGUGAGAAUCGAGUGCAUGCGGUUGCUACGAACGGAUCACCUGCUCCGAACAGAGCUUACACAAAUCAGAAUGGGACUCAGAAUACUGGAAUGGAGAGCCCGAUUAUACCAAAGCCAAAGUCUUCAGGCAGUGGGGCGAUUGCACAGCAUCUGAAACACAUACUGAACAAGAAAAGCUCGGAGAAAGAGACAAUGAAAACGUCACCAAAAGAGAGUAGCUCGACUGAAAGUGGCGAGAGUACUCCAGUUUCUAAAUCUGCUCCCAAUACUGAUGAUUUUGUCGUGGUAGAAGGUCGAUCCUCAAUUCGAAGCAAUGUAUCUUCCAUCAGUGAAACCUCAACCGGCACAGACAUUGAAUCGAGCAUUGACACCAGCACACCACUUGUGUCUCCUACAAGCUCUUUAUCUACAAACAAAAUGGUGAAGAAUCCGUUGGCACAGUUGCGAUUGAAUAAUGAUGAAGACGUGAUUCAAUGCAGAGGGUACACUAUGCGCUCACGCACGCAUACUCUGGCUGCACUACGCUACAAGGGAAAGAAACCAAUUGAACGUGGGAGGCAGAGAUUGACGGAUAUAAAGAAAGAAGAGAAGAAGGGGCAGCCGAAGAUAAAGCGACAAAGUUCGCUCACAAACCUCAAUACGAUUGGUGUGGAUUACGAACUAAUCUCACCGGAAAUUGCUUGCUGGAUUCGAGGCAAGAUCAUCCGCGAUUUGGAGAACAAGUACGGUGGCUCUGAAAAAGCCAACAAGGCUGCGAGCAAGAUACAGCGCAUGUAUCGGGAGUACAAACUACAGUCACGUUUCAAAGAAAUCCGUCGUGAGAAACACCGUCGAAACCGCGCCCAUUCGAUGCGAACUCCAGGUCGUCGGCCAAGCAUCUUAAACAAGAAACGUCCAAAGUAUCGUCGUGAAACCAGUACCCCGAGCGUUACCGACCCACUCUUGAAGGCAAGGGAGGCGUCUAAACUAUUAAGCAAGGAGCGGACUGGCCACACCCAUUCAGGGACACGUCUGGAGCUGGUCCAGGAGAAGAGACAGAAGGUGGUGGAAUUGGUAGAGGUUACACUAGAGGAAGAACUUGAGGCGACACCAUUAGACUUGUCGCAGGUGGUAGUGAACAUAGAGGGGGCGUGUGAAGACGAGUCAUCGACUGACCCCCGACUUGACAAGACAGACGGGAUCACAGGUGCCUUCUCCACUGGAGACAUCAGCAGACCUCUCAGCAUAUUCUCCACUGGUUCCCGGUCGAGUACUCCGGUGAGUGUGAACAUUGAAGAUGGUCGUGAUAGGAGGGCAUCAGAGGCCACACCCCCUGUCUGUAAUGUACAGAAGUUUCAAGCUCGCAAGUUCAGCAUUGACACGAUCAAACAGAAGAAAAAUAUCGGAGUGAACCACUUCAACAGGAAGCCGACCAAAGGCAUCCAGUACCUGGUGAUGUCGGACAUCUUGGAAGACGACCCUCGCUAUGUCGCAGAGUUCCUAAUGAGCCAUUACGGACUGAGCAAGGAGAAGAUCGGAGAGUUUCUGGGAGAGAUCAACUCAGACUUCAACAUGGCCGUGCUAGAGUGUCUGGUGGAGCAGAUGGACAUGAGAGACAAGCCAAUAGACGAUGCGCUGAGACAGUUUCAACAGAUCUUCAGAAUGCCGGGAGAGGCACAAAAGAUUGACAAGAUAAUGGAGGUGUUUGCGCUGGAGUACUACAAGGCUAACAAGGAUGCACAGAUUCGCUCUGACGACGCUGCCUACAUGCUCUCCUUCGCUAUCAUGAUGUUGCACACGUCCCUGCACAAUCCGUCCGUACGGUCACGCAUCACCAAGAAACAGUGGAUCACCAUGAACAGAGGUUGUAACGAGAGUGAGAAUUUCCCCGAGACAAUGCUCACUGACGUCUACGAACGAAUACUCACUCAUGAGUUCACCACUGGUGCGGAUCACACUGACAAGGUUAUAAAGAUUGAGAAGCAGAUCACCGGCUCCACAACAGUCAAACUGGCCAACCCACAGCGUCACUUUCUGGGAAAGUUCUCGGUCAACGAGGUCACUGACCCGAACAGCAAGUCAUUCCGUAGCCAUCGACGAACACUGUUCACGUUCUCUGACCUGCUCAUUGUGUGCAAACGCAAUCGCAGCGAGUAUGCCUUCAAAGAGUCUUUCUUUCUACUCAACCUGAUGCCCAUCAGCUUUGAGACUCAUUAUUACAAGUACGGUGUUCAGAUCCACUCGUCGAUGGAGGAGAAGAUUGUAAUGCAGUUUAACUGCGACUCCUCACAGGACAGGGAGAACCUUCUAUCCAUUCUAGAGGACGCCAUUGCUGAGUUGAAUGUGAUGGAGACGGAGCGUAUUGCUGAACUAGGCACCACACUUGCGGCCAAAUCUGGUCAGGAUAAGAUAACUCACGGGGGCAGUGUGAAGGUCAGUCACAGAGUCAGUCGAGGGCCGGGAGACCUUGUGGAUUCUUACAACGACAGCAAUGAACAAAGUGGCUAUGUACCUGGAGUGGGAGACAUUGCAGUGAACAGUGAGACCUAUCACCACAACUGCUUCAGGGAGACUCACCCUGCUGUCAAGAAAGAGAAUCGAACGUCUGGUGACUCUGGAUUUGAUUCCCAACAGCCCACCCCCUCUCCAUCCCCCACUGAGCCCAUUCGCUACACACCCUCCGAGUCACCUUCCCCCACACAUACUACGUACCUUACACCCAACCCAAGCGCCACGUCCUCCCCCACUCAUGUCACACCCUCACACACCAUCUACCUCACGCCCGACUCCUCCACAUCACACACUCUCCCAUCUUCUCCGGCACACUUGACACCAGGUAACACCGGUCCACCACGUUCCAAGAGUAGUGAUGCACUUCGAACUCUGACAAUAAUCCCCAGCCCUGCCCACAGUCGCUCACCCAGUGCAGAAUUGUUCCGAGACACGAAACAAAAUGCUUCCAGUUCGAAGAAAGUCAAAAAAUCCGGUGCCAAGCGAGAGUCAUCUAAAAAGAAAAGUGGUGUCGGCUUGUUUGGAUUUGGACGAAGCAAGACACCCUCGUCCCCUGCUCGGAGGCGUGGCUCCUCCCCCAAGGAAAGACGAGGCUCACUGACUUCAAAAACCUCUGACAGUCUGGACCUACCGAAGGAGGGAAUUGUAGAGACUCGAACUAGGUCUAGUAGCUCUGUGGACUUGACCAAGGUUACUUAGUGAUUCAUGUGUACACUUUGUAUUAUUUUUAAUGCUGAUUAGCAAAUCAUGUGUCUUUUUAUUGCA